AUGUCACCAUCAAGUGGAACUGAUAAACGAGCUCCACUUGCUUUUCUUAUCCAUGAUGGUCCACAAAGUAGUUGGGAUAAUGCAUGGGGCUGUGAAUGGAAUUUUCAAACAUAUUCUUCUCAAGGUUACGCUGUCAUUGCAAUCAAUUUUCAUGGUUGUAAUUCAUAUGGACAGAAUUUUACGGAUAGUAUCAUAGGUGAAUAUGGUUCAUUGCCUUUCGAAGAUCUUCAGUUAAGUCUUAAUUAUGCAUUGAACAAGUUUCCUUAUUAUGAUCCAUAUCGAGCUGUAGCAUUGGGUGCUAGCUACAGUGCAUACAUGACCUAUUGGAUUGCCGGGCAUCCAGAAAUGACUCGUUGUUUCAAAACACUCAUUACUCAUAAUAGAGUGUUUGAUACAAAAGCCAAAGGUUAUUCCACAGAUGAGCUAUGGCUCAGUGAACAUGAUGUAGGCGGAUAUACUCCAUGGGAAAAUCCUGAUGUUUAUGAACGCUACAAUCCACUUAAACAUGUUGUAAAUUCGACUCAACCAAUGCUAAUCAUUCUUGGUGCUAAUAACUACCGUGUACCAAUUACGCAAAGAAUAAGUGCUUUUACUGCUUUGCAACCUCGUGGUAUUCAAAGCUGA